AUGAGUACAAACAAACGUUUGAAAGAAGUUUACCGCGAAACUGGUAAGUCAAGUUACAAACGUUUGUUUUAAGUGUUUUAGCAAUUGUUAUUCUCCGACGUUGGCCCUAACUGCAACGAGAAAUUGCACCUCUAAACUGUUCUACUAAAAAUGAUCGCCUUGUGAAUAAAAUGUAAAAAGUUCCUUAGCUAGCUAACGUUAGCUGCUGUUGUUGACAACAACAAAAAAUACAUCCGUGUUUCGUAAAGGCAAUGCUAAUGUUUGCUAGCUUUCAGAUUGUAUGUCAUAUUUUAUCUAUUUAGCUGCUAUGUUUUUUUUCCCCCUUCACUUUUCCUGUGUAUGCCUUGAUUAGUUGUCUGACGCUGUCUAUUUUUCCUAGCUAAAACUAUGAAGCCUGUCCGGGGAUCUGAACGCGCCCCAUCCAAGGCGCCUAAAGGCAAAAAGACAGGCGAGAAGCCAAAGAAGCCGGGUGAAAAGACACGUCAACGGAGAGUUUCUCGGGUGAGAAAGUUCUUCAGAAUUAAACCUCUGAGAGGAAACGGUUCUCCUUUGCUUUCAUCACUUCAUUCUCUCACACGUCCUGUCUGCGUGUACUCUCCUCUUCAGGAGGAGCCCCAGCCAGGAACCAGCAGCCAGGUCCCUCAGCCAAAACCACAGAAGAAGAAAGGUGCCGCAGUUGCAGGUCCCAGGAAGGCGAAAGGUCAGGAGAAGUGGAAACCGCUGACCAAGUCCUCCAUUACGGCUCUAGACAACAUACUGGGCCUGUCUAUACUGUGAGUAACAUCCUCCAUUAUGGUUCUGACUGGGCCUGUCUAUACUGUGAGUAACAUCCUCCAUUAUGGUUCUGACUGGGCCGUCUAUACUGCGAGUAACAUCCUCCAUUAUGUUUGGGCUACUUUGUGAGUAACAUCCUCCAUAAUGGUUCUGACUGGCCUGUCUAUACUGUGAGUAACAUCCUCCAUAUGGUUCUGACUGGGCCUCUUACUGUGAGUAACUCCUCCAUUAUGGUUCUGCUGGCCUGUCUUCUGUGAGUACAUCCUCCAUUAUGGUUCUGCUGGCCUCUCUAUACUCUUCUCCUCUCUCUGCUCUCUCUCCUCGUCUCUCUCUCGUUUCUCUCUCUUCUGGUUCUCUCUCUCUGUUUCUCUCUCUAUGCUAUCUCUCUCUUUCUCUCUCUUUCUUCUCUGUCUUCUCUCUCUCUCUUUCUCUCUCUUGUCUCUCUCUCUCUGUUCUCUCUCUCUCUGUUUCUCUCUCUUCUCUCUAUCUGUCUCUCUCUCUCUCUGUUUCUCUCUCUCUCUUUCUCUCCUCUCUGUGUUUCUCUCUCUGCUGUCUCUCUCUGUGUUUCUCUCUCUCUGUCUCUCUCUCUGUUUCCUCUCUCUCUCUGUUCCUCUCUCUCUCUCUGUGUUCUCUCCCUCCUCCCUCUGCUGUCUCUCUCCUCUUCUCUGUCUCUCUCUUCUCUCUUCUCUCAUCUGUUUUUCUCUCUUUUUCUCUCCUCUCUCUCUAUCGCUCUCUCUCUCUGUCUUCUCUCUUUUCUCUCUCUCUCUCUCUAUUUUUCUCUCUCUGUUUCUCUCUCUCUCUCUCGCUGUCUCUCUCUCUGUCUCUCUCUGUUUCUCUCUCUCUCCUUUUCUCCCUCUCUCCUUUUCUCCCUCUCUCUGUGUUUCUCUCUCUGUGUUUCUCUCUCUCUGUUUCUCUCUCUCUCCUUUUCUCCCUCUUUCUUUCUCUCCGCUCCCUCAGAUCUGUUCUGGCCAUGAGACGGACUGAGAAAGAGGAAUCCCAGAAACAUCUGAACAUUCUGAAAAACAGGUGAGAGAAUUGAACUAUGUGUAGGCCUGGGGACAGUGGACCCACUACGAUCAGCAUUGCCUCUCCCUGUACUAAGGGAUAAGCCCAUCCAUAGAUGACCUUAUUCCACCCAAAAUACUGGAUUACUCAUUGUUUUCACUUACGGUACCAGUCAAAAGUUUGGACACACCUACUCAUUCCAGGGUUUUUCUUUAUUUGUAAUAUUUUCUACAUUGUAGAAUAAUAGUGUAGACAUCAAAACUAUGAAAUAACACAUAUGGAAUCUUGUAGUAACCAAAAAAGUGUUAAACAAAUCAAAAUAUAUUUGAGAUUCUUCAAAAAGCCACCCUUUGCCUUGAUGACAGCUUUGCACACUCUUGGCAUUCUCUCAACCAGCUUCAUGAGGUAGUCACCUGGAAUGCAUUUCAAUUAACAGGUGUGCCUUCUUAAAAGUUAAUUUGUGGAAUUUCUUUCCUUCUUAAUGCGUUUGAGCCAAUCAGUUGUGUUGUGACAAGGUAGGGGGGUAUACAGAAGAUAGCCCUAUUUGGUAAAAGACCAAGUCCAUAUUAUGGCAAGAACAGCUCAAAUAAGCAAAGAGAAACAACAGUCAAUCAUUACUUUAAGACAUGAAGGUCAGUCAAUAUGGAAAAUGUCAAGAACUUUGAACGUUUCUUCAAGUGCAGUUGCACAAACCAUCAAGCGCUGUGAUGAAACUGGCUCUCAUGAGGACCGCCACAGGAAUGGAAGACCCAGAGUUUCCUCUGCUGCAGAGGAUAAGUUCAUUAGAGUUACCAGCCUCAGAAAUUGCAGCCCAAAUAAAUGCUUCACAGAGUUCAAGUAACAUACAUCAACUGUUCAGAGGAGACUGUGUGAAUCAGGCCUUCAUGGUCGAAUUGCUGCAAAGAAACCACUACUAAAGGACACCAAUAAGAAGAAGACUUGCUUGGGCCUAGAAACAUGAGCAAUGGACAUUAGACCGGUGGUCUGGAGUCCAAAUGGGAGAUUUUUGGUUCCAACCGCUUUGUCUUUGUGAGACGCGGUGUGGGUGAACGGAUGAUCUCUGCAUGUGUAGUUCCCACCGUAAAGCGUGUAGGAGGAGGUGUUAUGGUGUGGGGGUGCUUUGCUGGUGACACUGUCUGUGAUUUAUUUAGAAUUCAAGGCACACUUAACCAGCAUGGCUACCACAGCAUUCUGCAGCGAUACGCCAUCCCAUCUGGUUUGGGCUUAGUGGGACUAUCAUUUGUUUUUCAACAGGACAAUGACCCAACACACCUCCAGGCUGUGUAAGGGCUAUUUGACCAAGAAGGAGAGUGAUGGAGUGCUGCAUCAGAUGACCUGGCCUCCACAAUCCCCCGACCUCAACCCAAUUUAGAUGGUUUGGGAUGAGUUGGACCGCAGAGUGAAGGAAAAGCAGCCAACAAGUUCUCAACAUAUGUGGGAACUCCUUCAAGACUGUUGGAAAAGCAUUCCAGGUGAAGCUGGUUGAGAGAAUGCCAAGAGUGUGCAAAGCUGUCAUCAAGGCAAAGGGUGGCUAUUUGAAGAAUCUCAAAUAUAAAAUAUAUUUUGAUUUGUUUAUCACUUUUUUGGUUACUACAUGAUUCCAUAUGUGUUAUUUCAUAGUUUUGAUGUCUUCACUAUUAUUCUACAAUGUAGAAAAUAGAACAAAUAAAGAAAAACCCUGGAAUGAGUAGGUGUGUCCAAACUUUUGACUGGUACUGUAUAUAUUAGUACAUUCAAAGUAUUCAGACCCCUUGAUUUUUUCCACAUUUUCUUACAUUACAGCCUUAUUCUAAAUCCCCUCAUCAAUCUACACACACUACCCCAUAAUGACAAAGCAAAAACAGGUUAAUUGUUUUUGCAUUAUUUUUUAUUUUUUUAAACAAAUAUAUCACAUUUCCAUAAGUAUUCAGACCCUUUCCUCAGUCCUUUUUGUUGAAGCACCUUUUGCAGCGAUUACAGCCUCGAGUCUUCUUGGGUAUGACGCUACAAGCUUGGCACACCUGUAUUUGGGGAGUUUCUCCCGUUCUUCUCUGCAGAUCCUCUCAAGCUCUGUCAGGUUGGAUGGGGAGCAAUGCUUCACAGCUAUUUUCAGGUCCCUCCACAGGAUUCAAGUCCGGGCUCUGGCUGGGCCACUCAAGGACAUUCAGAGACUUGUCCCGAAGCCACUCCUGCGUUGUCUUGGCUGUGUGCUUAGGGUCGUUGUCCUGUUGGAUGGUGAACCUUCGCCCCAGUCUGAGGUCCUGAGCGCUCUGGAGCAGGUUUUCAUCAAGGAUCUCUCUGUACUUUGCGCCGUUCAUCUUUCCCUCAAUCCUGACUAGUUUCCCAGUCCCUGCCGCUGAAAAACAUCCCCACAGCAUGAUGCUGCCACCACCAUGCUUCACCGUAGGGAUGGUGCCAGGUUUCAUCCAGACGUGACGCUUAGCAUUCAGGCCAAAGAGUUAAAUCUUGGUUUCAUCAGACCAGAGAAUCUUGUUUUUCAUGGUCAGAUUCCUUUAGGUGCCUUUUGGCAAACUCCAAGCGGGCUGUCGUGCCAUUUACUGAGGAGUAGCUUCCGUCUGGCCACUCUACCAUAAAGGCCUGAUUGGUGGAGUGCUGCAGAGAUGGUUGUCCUUCUGGAAGGUUCUCCCAUCUCCACAGAGGAACUCUGGAGCUCUGUCAGAGUGACCAUCGGGUUCUUGGUUACCUCCCUGACCAAGGCCUUUCUCCCCGGAUUGCUCAGUUUGGCCGGGCGGCCAGCUCUAGGAAGAGUCUUGGUGGUUCCAAACUUCUUCCAUUUAAGAAUGAUGGAGGCCGCUGUGUUCUUGGGGACCUUCAAUGCUGCAGAAUUAUUUUGGUACCCUUCCCCAGAUCUGUGCCUCAACACAAUCCUGUCUCUGAGCUCUACCGAUAAUUCCUUCAACCUCAUGGCUUGGUUUUUGCUCUGACAUGCACUGUCAACUGUGGGAUCUUAUAUAGACAGGUGUGUGCCUUUCCAAAUCAUGUCCAAUCAAUUGAAUUUACUUAGGGUUGACUCCAAUCAAGUUGCAGAAACCUCUCAAGGAUGAUCAAUGGAAAAUUUCGAGUCUCAUAGCAAAGGGUCUGAAUACUUAUGUAAGUAAGGUAUUUCCUUUUCUUUCUUCUAAAAACCUGUUUUCACUUUGUCAUUAUGGGGUAUUGGGUCAUUAUGGGGUAUUGGGUCAUUAUGGGGUAUUGGGUCAUUAUGGGGUAUUGGGUCAUUAUGGGGUAUUGGGUCAUUAUGGGGUGUUGGGUCAUUAUGGGGUGUUGGGUCAUUAUGGGGUGUUGGGUCAUUAUGGGGUGUUGGGUCAUUAUGGGGUGUUGGGUCAUUAUGGGGUAUUGGGUCAUUAUGGGGUAAUGGGUCAUUAUGGGGUAUUGUGUGUAGAUUGAUGAGGAUUUUUAUUUAUUUAAUCCAUUUUAGAAUAAGGCUGUAACGUAACAAAAUGUGGAAAAGGUCAAGGGGUCUGAAUAAUUUCCGAAUGCACUCUAUAUUUAGUUAUGUUAAGCGACUUGAUCCUACUAUAAGAAGUCUUUCUCGGCUAACACACUUGAUCCUACUAUAAGACGUCUUUCAUGGCUAACACACUUGAUCCUACUAUAAGAAGUCUUUCUUGGCUAACACACUUGAUCCUACUAUAAGACGUCUUUCAUGGCUAACACACUUGAUCCUACUAUAAGACGUCUUUCUUGGCUAACACACUUGAUCCUACUAUAAGACGUCUUUCAUGGCUAACACACUUGAUCCUACUAUAAUAAGUCUUUCUUGGCUAACACACUUGAUCCUACUAUAAGAAGUCUUUCAUGGCUAACACACUUGAUCCUACUAUAAGAAGUAUUUCAUGGCUAACACACUUGAUCCUACUAUAAGAAGUCUUUCUUGGCUAACACACUUGAUCCUACUAUAAGACGUCUUUCAUGGCUAACACACUUGAUCCUACUAUAAGACGUCUUUCUUGGCUAACACACUUGAUCCUACUAUAAGACUUCUUUCAUGGCUAACACACUUGAUCCUACUAUAAGAAGUAUUUCUUGGCUAACACACUUGAUCCUACUAUAAGACGUAUUUCAUGGCUAACACACUUGAUCCUACUAUAAGACGUCUUUCUUGGCUAACACACUUGAUCCUACUAUAAGACGUCUUUCAUGGCUAACAGACUUGAUCCUACUAUAAGAAGUCUUUCAUGGCUAACACACUUGAUCCUACUAUAAGACGUCUUUCUUGGCUAAAACACUUGAUCCUACUAUAAGAAGUCUUUCUUGGCUAACACACUUGAUCCUACUAUAAGACGUCUUUCUUGGCUAACACACUUGAUCCUACUAUAAGACGUCUUUCAUGGCUAACACACUUGAUCCUACUAUAAGACGUCUUUCAUGGCUAACACACUUGAUCCUACUAUAAGAAGUCUUUCUUGGCUAACACACUUGAUCCUACUAUAAGACGUCUUUCAUGGCUAACACACUUGAUCCUACUAUAAGACGUCUUUCAUGGCUAACACACUUGAUCCUACUAUAAGACGUCUUUCAUGGCUAACACACUUGAUCCUACUAUAAGAAGUCUUUCUUGGCUAACACAUUGACUGUAUCGUGCCGAUGGUUCCAGGUUCCUGUCUAAACUGGCUCAGCUGUCAGUCCCAAUCCAGAACCAGGAAAUGACGAGUCAUGCUUCCCGUCAACACCAGGAAGAGACUAGAAAGGCAGCCGUGGGCAAGAAGAGCCUCAACAAGCUGGCGGUGCGACACUGGGAAGGGGGUGUGUGUGUGUGUGUGUGUGUGUGAAUAUUUGCAUGGUAUGUGUGUGGUUAUCUAGUCUUGAUUCUGCUACUGUGGGUCCAGGCGGAGCUGAGGUCUGUGGUUAUCUAGUCUUGAUUCUGCUACUGUGGGUCCAGGCGGAGCUGAGGUCUGUGGUUAUCUAGUCUUGAUUCUGCUACUGUGGGUCCAGGCGGAGCUGAGGUCUGUGGUUAUCUAGUCUUGAUUCUGCUACUGUGGGUCCCAGGCGGAGCUGAGGUCUGUGGUUAUCUAGUCUUGAUUCUGCUACUGUGGGUCCCAGGCGGAGCUGAGGUCUGUGGUGGCCUCUCUAGAACAGCAGGAGGGGGAGAGAGACUCUCUGGAGCGCCAGUGUUUUAACCUCAGACAACUACUGGACCAGGAGGAGGAGAGGAACCAGCAGGUGAGACAGACCAGACCUGGGUUCAGAUAUCUCUAAUACUUCCGGUAAGACAGACCAGACCUGGGUUCAGAUAUCUCUAAUACUUCCGGUAAGACAGACCAGACCUGGGUUCAGAUAUCUCUAAAACUUUCGGUAAGACAGACCAGACCUGGGUUCAGAUAUCUCUAAUACUUCCGGUAAGACAGACCAGACCUGGGUUCAGAUAUCUCUAAAACUUUCGGUAAGACAGACCAGACCUGGGUUCAGAUAUCUUUAACGCCAGGGUAGUGGGUUCGAUCCCCGGGACCACCCAUACGUAAAAAUUUAUGCGCACAUGACUGUAAGUCGCUUUGGAUAAAAGCGUCUGCUAAAUGGCUUAUUAUUAUUAUUAUUAUUAAUGUAAAAAUAAAUAAAUAAUAGCGGUAAUUACAGCGAUUUUAAUCAGCGAUUACGUUACAAUAAAUACUUUUUUUGGGGGGGUAGGUGGUAGAGCAGGGUGAUAAAUGUAGUUAUUUUGCUCGAUGAUAAAUGCUGAAAUGAAAAGCGUUUUUAAUGGACCGUUACUUUACAUUAGCAGCAGAGCUCUGGACUGUUGUUUCCAGGACCAAGGAAGACAACUACGAUUCAAAAAGGAAGCUAUUUCAUCUAACAUAUCCAGGAAACGCAUGAUUGAUAUUUUUAUGUGCAACCUGUCAAAAUAUGAUCCAGAAUGAUCAGAUACAUAUUUUUUAGGCUCUUCAGAGAAUUUGCUGCCGUCUUUGGCCUAUAGACUAAACGAUUCACAGCCUGAGGAAGUGGGAACUUAAAAACACCCUGUUGCUAACUCUAAACAUGAUAUCCUUGCUAGAUGGGUGAAUCAGUUAGCCUACAUGUCUAAUGGUCUACCAGGAAAUGUAGGCUAAUGUCCUACAGGAAGGCUCCAGAGCUAGACGUAUUCACUGCGAAUGGAGCGCUCGGUUCGGCUCCGCGGGGCGCGUCAAAACCAGACUAACUACAGCCUUCUCCGGUUGUAAAGUGGCGCCAUGAACUCAAUGUUAACAGGUGAGAAAUACAUGAUAUACUCACAGAAAGCUGACUGUCCUCUCUGUAACUAGAACAACAGUAGUAGUUGCUUUGAAAACUGUAUUUUUCCAACAAUGUCAUUUUGAGCAAAGGUCAUAUGCUUGUGCUUCUCAGAAUGCAUCUCUCCCUCCUCCAUGUCACAGUGGGGAGAGGGAGGGAUUCAGCAGCCGUUAGCCUUCUCCACAGUGGGGAGAGGGAGGGAGUCAGCAGCCGUUAGCCUUCUCCACAGUGGGGAGAGGGAGGGAUUCAGCAGCCUUUAGCCUUCUCCACAGUGGGGAGAGGGAGGGAGUCAGCAGCCUUUAGCCUUCUCCACAGUGGGGAGAGGGAGGGAUUCAGCAGCCUUUAGCCUUCUCCACAGUGGGGAGAGGGAGGGAGUCAGCAGCCUUUAGCCUUCUCCACAGUGGGGAGAGGGAGGGAUUCAGCAGCCUUUAGCCUUCUCCACAGUGGGGAGAGGGAGGGAGUCAGCAGCCUUUAGCCUUCUCCAAAGUGGGGAGAGGGAGGGAUUCAGCAGCCUUUAGCCUUCUCCACAGUGGGGAGAGGGAGGGAUUCAGCAGCCUUUAGCCUUCUCCACAGUGGGGAGAGGGAGGGAGUCAGCAGCCUUUAGCCUUCUCCACAGUGGGGAGAGGGAGGGAGUCAGCAGCCUUUAGCCUUCUCCACAGUGGGGAGAGGGAGGGAGUCAGCAGCCUUUAGCCUUCUCCACAGUGGGGAGAGGGAGGGAGUCAGCAGCCUUUAGCCUUCUCCACAGUGGGGAGAGGGAGGGAGUCAGCAGCCUUUAGCCUUCUCCACAGUGGGGAGAGGGAGGGAGUCAGCAGCCUUUAGCCUUCUCCACAGUGGGGAGAGGGAGGGAGUCAGCAGCCUUUAGCCUUCUCCACAGUGGGGAGAGGGAGGGAGUCAGCAGCCGUUAGCCUUCUCCACAGUGGGGAGAGGGAGGGAGUCAGCAGCCGUUAGCCUUCUCCACAGUGGGGAGAGGGAGGGAGUCAGCAGCCUUUAGCCUUCUCCACAGUGGGGAGAGGGAGGGAGUCAGCAGCCUUUAGCCUUCUCCACAGUGGGGAGAGGGAGGGAGUCAGCAGGCGACAGCCUUCUCCACAGUGGGGAGAGGGAGGGAGUCAGCAGCCUUUAGCCUUCUCCACAGUGGGGAGAGGGAGGGAGUCAGCAGCCUUUAGCCUUCUCCACAGUGGGGAGAGGGAGGGAGUCAGCAGCCGUUAGCCUUCUCCACAGUGGGGAGAGGGAGGGAGUCAGCAGCCGUUAGCCUUCUCCACAGUGGGGAGAGGGAGGGAGUCAGCAGCCUUUAGCCUUCUCCACAGUGGGGAGAGGGAGGGAGUCAGCAGCCUUUAGCCUUCUCCACAGUGGGGAGAGGGAGGGAGUCAGCAGCCGUUAGCCUUCUCCACAGUGGGGAGAGGGAGGGAUUCAGCAGCCUUUAGCCUUCUCCACAGUGGGGAGAGGGAGGGAGUCAGCAGCCUUUAGCCUUCUCCACAGUGGGGAGAGGGAGGGAGUCAGCAGCCUUUAGCCUUCUCCACAGUGGGGAGAGGGAGGGAGUCAGCAGCCUUUAGCCUUCUCCACAGUGGGGAGAGGGAGGGAUUCAGCAGCCUUUAGCCUUCUCCACAGUGGGGAGAGGGAGGGAUUCAGCAGCCUUUAGCCUUCUCCACAGUGGGGAGAGGGAGGGAGUCAGCAGCCUUUAGCCUUCUCCACAGUGGGGAGAGGGAGGGAGUCAGCAGCCUUUAGCCUUCUCCACAGUGGGGAGAGGGAGGGAGUCAGCAGCCUUUAGCCUUCUCCACAGUGGGGAGAGGGAGGGAGUCAGCAGCCUUUAGCCUUCUCCACAGUGGGGAGAGGGAGGGAGUCAGCAGCCUUUAGCCUUCUCCACAGUGGGGAGAGGGAGGGAGUCAGCAGCCUUUAGCCUUCUCCACAGUGGGGAGAGGGAGGGAGUCAGCAGCCUUUAGCCUUCUCCACAGUGGGGAGAGGGAGGGAGUCAGCAGCCGUUAGCCUUCUCCACAGUGGGGAGAGGGAGGGAGUCAGCAGCCUUUAGCCUUCUCCACAGUGGGGAGAGGGAGGGAGUCAGCAGCCUUUAGCCUUCUCCACAGUGGGGAGAGGGAGGGAGUCAGCAGCCUUUAGCCUUCUCCACAGUGGGGAGAGGGAGGGAGUCAGCAGGCGACAGCCUUCUCCACAGUGGGGAGAGGGAGGGAGUCAGCAGCCUUUAGCCUUCUCCACAGUGGGGAGAGGGAGGGAGUCAGCAGCCUUUAGCCUUCUCCACAGUGGGGAGAGGGAGGGAGUCAGCAGCCGUUAGCCUUCUCCACAGUGGGGAGAGGGAGGGAGUCAGCAGCCGUUAGCCUUCUCCACAGUGGGGAGAGGGAGGGAGUCAGCAGCCGUUAGCCUUCUCCACAGUGGGGAGAGGGAGGGAGUCAGCAGCCUUUAGCCUUCUCCACAGUGGGGAGAGGGAGGGAGUCAGCAGCCUUUAGCCUUCUCCACAGUGGGGAGAGGGAGGGAGUCAGCAGCCUUUAGCCUUCUCCACAGUGGGGAGAGGGAGGGAGUCAGCAGCCUACAGCCUUCUCCACAGUGGGGAGAGGGAGGGAUUCAGCAGCCUUUAGCCUUCUCCACAGUGGGGAGAGGGAGGGAGUCAGCAGCCGUUAGCCUUCUCCACAGUGGGGAGAGGGAGGGAGUCAGCAGCCUUUAGCCUUCUCCACAGUGGGGAGAGGGAGGGAGUCAGCAGCCUUCUCCACAGUGGGGAGAGGGAGGGAGUCAGCAGCCGUUAGCCUUCUCCACAGUGGGGAGAGGGAGGGAGUCAGCAGCCUUCUCCACAGUGGGGAGAGGGAGGGAGUCAGCAGCCUUUAGCCUUCUCCACAGUGGGGAGAGGGAGGGAGUCAGCAGCCUACAGCCUUCUCCACAGUGGGGAGAGGGAGGGAGUCAGCAGCCUUUAGCCUUCUCCACAGUGGGGAGAGGGAGGGAGUCAGCAGCCUUCUCCACAGUGGGGAGAGGGAGGGAGUCAGCAGCCUUUAGCCUUCUCCACAGUGGGGAGAGGGAGGGAGUCAGCAGCCUUUAGCCUUUUCCACAGUGGGGAGAGGGAGGGAGUCAGCAGCCUUUAGCCUUCUCCACAGUGGGGAGAGGGAGGGAGUCAGCAGCCUUUAGCCUUCUCCACAGUGGGGAGAGGGAGGGAGUCAGCAGCCUUCUCCACAGUGGGGAGAGGGAGGAGUCAGCAGCCUUUAGCCUUCUCCACAGUGGGGAGAGGGAGGGAGUCAGCAGCCUACAGCCUUCUCCACAGUGGGGAGAGGGAGGGAGUCAGCAGCCUUUAGCCUUCUCCACAGUGGGGAGAGGGAGGGAGUCAGCAGCCUUUAGCCUUCUCCACAGUGGGGAGAGGGAGGGAGUCAGCAGCCUUUAGCCUUCUCCACAGUGGGGAGAGGGAGGGAGUCAGCAGCCUUUAGCCUUCUCCACAGUGGGGAGAGGGAGGGAGUCAGCAGCCUUUAGCCUUCUCCACAGUGGGUAGAGGGAGGGAGUCAGCAGCCUUUAGCCUUCUCCACAGUGGGGAGAGGGAGGGAGUCAGCAGCCUCAGCCUUCUCCACAGUGGGGAGAGGGAGGGAGUCAGCAGCCUUCUCCACAGUGGGGAGAGGGAGGGAGUCAGCAGCCUUUAGCCUUCUCCACAGUGGGGAGAGGGAGGGAGUCAGCAGCCUUUAACCUUCUCCACAGUGGGGAGAGGGAGGGAGUCAGCAGCCGUUAGCCUUCUCCACAGUGGGGAGAGGGAGGGAGUCAGCAGCCUUUAGCCUUCUCCACAGUGGGGAGAGGGAGGGAGUCAGCAGCCUUCUCCACAGUGGGGAGAGGGAGGGAGUCAGCAGGGCCUGGCAGAUACUUUCAUAGUAGGAAUCAACAUAAUGUAUAGUCUAUUACUGAGUUAAUAAUGUCUUUAGAACAAUCUACAUUUUUAUAUUUUUUAAAUUUUAGUCAUUUAGCAGAUGCUCUUAUCCAGAGCGACUUACAGUUAGUGAGUGCAUACAUAUUAAUUUUUGUUCAUACUGGCCCCCCGUGGGAAACCGAGUGGUGCAGCGGUCUAAGGCACUGCAUCUCAGUGCUUGAGGCGUCACUACAGACCCCCUGGUUCGAUUCCAGGCUGUAUCACAAACGGCCGUGAUUGGGAGUCCCAUAGGGCGGCGCACAAUUCGCCCAGCGUCGUCCGGGUUUGGCCGGUGUAGGCCGUCAUUGUAAAUAAGAAUUAGUUCUUAACUGACUUGCCUGGUUAAAUAAAAUAAACCCUGCCGUUGCAAACGCCAUGCUCUACCAACUGAGCUACACGGGAAUCUACAGGAACUCUGUGUAGCAACAUAACUGAACAUUACAGAUGGAAGCAAAAUACUUCGGUAAGAAGAAGACGUUGUCUGGAAUUGGUUUUGUAAUAGAAUGAUGACAAAAUAGGAACUAAGCCCAUAUUUGGAUAUCUGGUUCUUUCAUUGACAGGAAGCUUCCUCCUUGAUGGGGGAUCAAGUCCUCAGUGGCAUUCUAAAUAGGACCCUAUUAACUAAAUAGUGUAAUAUUGUGACCGGGAGCUAAAGGUAAUGCACUAUAUAGGGGAAAUGUUAUAGGGAGCAAAGGUUACUCAUAUAUAGGGAAUAGUCUAGGAGCUAAAGGUUACUGCACUCUAUAGGGAUAGUCUAGGGAUGCUAAAGGUAAUGCACUAUAUAGGGAAUAGUCUAGGGAAGCAUAGGGAAAAGGUAAUGCACUAUAUAGGGAUAUGGAGCUAGAAGGUAAUGCACUAUAUAGGAAUAGGGAGCUAAAGGAAUGCACUAUAUAGGGGAAAUCAGGGAGCUAAAGGUAAUGCACUAUAUAGGGAAUAGUCUAGGGAGCUAAAGGUAAUGCACUAUAUAGGGAAUAGUCUAGGGAGCUAAAGGUAAUGCACUAUAUAGGGAAUAGUCUAGGGAGCUAAAGGUAAUGCACUAUAUAGGGAAUGUCUAGGAGCUAAAGGUAAUGCACUAUAUAGGGAAUAGUCUAGGGAGCUAAAGGUAAUGCACUAUAAAUAGGGAAUAGUUAGGGAGCUAAAGGUAAUGCACUAAAUAGGGAAUAGGGAGCUAAAGGUAAUGCAACUAUAUAGGGAAUAGUGGGAGCUAAAGGUAAUGCACUAUAUAGGGAAUAGGGAGCUAAAGGUAAUGCACUAUAUAGGGAUAGUCUAGGGAGCUAAAGGUAAUGCACUAUAUAGGGAAUAGUCUAGGGAGCUAAAGGUAAUGCACUAUAUAGGGAAAAGUCUAGGGAGCUAAAGGUAAUGCACUAUAUAGGGAAUAGGGAGCUAAAGGUAAUGCACUAUAUAGGGAAUAGUCUAGGGAGCUAAAGGUAAUGCACUAUAUAGGGAAUAGGGAGCUAAAGGUAAUGCACUAUAUAGGGAAUAGGGAGCUAAAGGUAAUGCACUAUAUAGGGAAUGGGAGCUAAGGUAAUGCACUAUAGGGAAUAUCUAGGGAGCUAAAGGUAAUGCACAUAUAUGGGAAUAGGGAGCUAAAGGUAAUGCACUAUAUAGGGAAUAGUCUAGGGAGCUAAAGGUAAUGCACUAUAUAGGGAAUAGGGAGCUAAAGGUAAUGCACAUAUAGGGAAAUUAGGGAGCUAAGGUAAUGCACUAUAUAGGGAAUAGUCUAGGGAGCUAAAGGUAAUGCACUAUAUAGAAUAGAGGAGCUAAAGGUAAUGCACUAUAGGGAAUAGGUAUUAAAGUAAGCACUAUAUGGAGAUAGCUGGGAUUUCUGUAUGCGUAAUCCUAUACUCAGGGAAUAUCUAGGAGCCUUAAGUAAUGCCCUAUAUCAGGGAUAGUUCUAGGGAGCUACACAGGUAUCACUAUUAGGGAUAGUCAGAAGCUACAGAAUGCCACUUAAGGGUAAUAGUCUGAGCUAAAGGUAAUGCCCCAUCUACCAUAGGGAAGUCUAGGGACUAAAGGUAAUGCCUAUUAGGGAGCAAGGUAACUGCCACUUAUAGAUAUCUAGGAGCGUAAAGAGAUCCUUAAGGAAGAGCUGGUAAGACACAGUUAUAUUUGGGAACUAAACAAUCAUAUAUGGCAGUAAAGAGCACCAGGUUAUAGCGAAGUAGGUAGUCUGAAGGUAAUGCUAUCUAGUUGAGAAGAUGGUCAGGACACUUAAAGGUAAUACAUCUAUACUAGGAGACAGGAAGAGGUCACAGCAGAGUUAUACAUUCGAUACUAGGAGCCAAAGGAAGGUCACAGGAGAGUAAUAAUACAUUCUAUACUAGGAACAGGAGAAGGUACAGCACAGAGUAAUACAUUCUAGGACUAGGAGCACAAGGAAGGUCACAGCAAGUAAUACAUUCUAUACUAGGAGACAGGAGAGGUAAGCACAUGCAGAGUAAUACAUUCUAUACUAGGAGACCAGGAGGUCACAGCCAGAGUUCUGUUAAUCCUCCUCUUCUACUAGGAGACCAGGAAGGUCACAGCAGCCAGUUAAUACAUUCUAUACUAGGAGACCGUAAGGUCACACAGGAGUUUAUACAUUCUACUAAGGAGACCAGGAAGGUCCAGCAAUCUACCAUUCCUCUUACUAGGAGAGACCAGGAAGGUCACAGGCAGUAACUAACACAUUCCAAUCAUACUGGAGACCAGGAAGUACAGCAGAUUAAUCCAUCUAUACUAGGAGACCAGGAAGGUCCAAGAGUUAUCUAAUCAUUCUGAUACUAGGUAGACCAGGAGGUACGCAGAUUAAUCCAUUUCUAUAUUUGGAGACCAGGAAGGUCACAGAGAUCUAAUCCAUUCUAUACUAGGAGACCAGGAAGGUCACAGCAGAGCUAAUCCAUUCUAUACUAGGAGACCAGGAAGGUCACAGCAGAUCUAAUCCAUUCUAUACUAGGAGACCAGGAAGGUCACAGCAGAGCUAAUCCAUUCUAUACUAGGAGACCAGGAAGGUCACAGCAGAGUUAAUACAUUCUAUACUAGGAGACCAGGAAGGUCACCAGCAGAGUAAUACAUUCUAUACUAGGAGACCAGGAAGGUCACAGCAGAGUUAAUCAUUCUAUACUAGGAGACCAGGAAGGUCACAGCAGAGUUAAUACAUUCUAUACUAGGAGACCAGGAAGGUCACAGCAGAGUUAAUCCAUUCUAUACUAGGAGACCAGGAAGGUCACAGCAGAGUUAAUACAUUCUAUACUAGGAGACCAGGAAGGUCACAGCAGAGUUAAUCCAUUCUAUACUAGGAGACCAGGAAGGUCACAGCAGAGUUAAUACAUUCUAUACUAGGAGACCAGGAAGGUCACAGCAGAGUUAAUCCAUUCUAUACUAGGAGACCAGGAAGGUCACAGCAGAGUUAAUACAUUCUAUACUAGGAGACCAGGAAGUUCACAGCAGAGUUAAUCCAUUCUAUACUAGGAGACCAGGAAGAUCACAGCAGAGCUAAUACAUUCUAUACUAGGAGACCAGGAAGGUCACAGCAGAGUUAAUACAUUCUAUACUAGGAGACCAGGAAGGUCACAGCAGAGCUAAUACAUUCUAUACUAGGAGACCAGGAAGGUCACAGCAGAGUUAAUCCAUUCUAUACUAGGAGACCAGGAAGGUCCCAGCAUAGCUAAUCCAUUCUAUACUAGGAGACCAGGAAGGUCACAGCAGAGUUAAUACAUUCUAUACUAGGAGACCAGGAAGGUCACAGCAGAGUUAAUACAUUCUAUACUAGGAGACCAGGAAGUUCACAGCAGAGUUAAUCCAUUCUAUACUAGGAGACCAGGAAGAUCACAGCAGAGCUAAUACAUUCUAUACUAGGAGACCAGGAAGGUCACAGCAGAGUUAAUACAUUCUAUACUAGGAGACCAGGAAGGUCACAGCAGAGCUAAUACAUUCUAUACUAGGAGACCAGGAAGGUCACAGCAGAGUUAAUCCAUUCUAUACUAGGAGACCAGGAAGGUCCCAGCAUAGCUAAUCCAUUCUAUACUAGGAGACCAGGAAGGUCACAGCAGAGUUAAUACAUUCUAUACUAGGAGACCAGGAAGGUCACAGCAGAGUUCAUCCAUUCUAUACAUUCCAUUUCUGUCUGAUCUGUAAUACAUUCUGUUGUAGACAUUUCUGUCUGAUCUGCAAUACAUUCAAUAUUUUACAUUUUAUAUAAAUCUGCAACACACUUUACAAUACAUUUACAAUACAUUUAUUUUUGGUAAUAGGAGAUUCUAUACAGUGUAGUUCUGUCUGAUCUCCAACGCUCUUUCAGGGAAGAUAGUUUUUAUAGUCAAGAGGUCUCAGAAUAACCUGGAGUUUUAUGACAUGUACAUGUCAUUUAAAAAAAGGGAAAUCUUGAAGGAGAAACAGUUUGGCCACUACUGAACAAAUUAAUCUUAACAUUUUUAAUUAGUGGUUUUUCCGACCGUCCUCUUCCCCUUCUAGGAGCAGAUGCUGCGUCUGGUUCCUAGCGGAGACUCCAUCACCACGAGACUCCAUCACCUAGCCAAGACCCUCCAGACAUCCGGGCCGGUCCAGGAUGCCAAGAAUCUACUGGAACUUGCCUACAGACACGCUGACCACCUGAUCACUCCGCCUACAGCUGUCAGCCAAUAG